ACGUCACACAGCGCCAUCUAUAUUCCACUAGCAAAAUUAAAUUCCGUCGGUAAAGCAGCGCGCAAUUGGCAAGUGGCGCUUGCUCUGUUUUACCGACCGAGCAAUGACGAGCUGUCAUGGCGAACCGAGGUGUACGUUUUCGUGCACGAUAAAACAAAAAUAAUGAUUCCUAUUAGGAAUAUCUUAAAUAAGUGCUUGAAGAACUGCUGUGGUUACUCUAAAGUAUCAUGAUUAACGUGUGCUAGUUAUAAUUAGACUUAAGUUAGUGAAAAUGGACAAGAAAAAUGCGAUUCGGAGAGCCAAAAGGCCUUCUAAGGUUCUUGAAGAAAACUAUUGGGACUGCAGCGUUUGCACGUACAGGAACAAUGCAGAAGCCUUCAAGUGCUCGAUGUGUGACGUCAGGAAAGGCACAUCAACCCGAAAGCCGCGCAUCAACCCGGCGCUGGUGGCGGCGCAGGCGGCCGGCACCGCCCCCACCAGCUCACAGAAGCGACCACGCUCCGCCAACUCGCACAAAAAAAAGCGGCGACCCCCUCGCCUCAGCAACGUCGACCGCAGCUCCGCACAGACCAGAGAGGUAACAGUAAGCGGCGUAACUGUCGUGAUCACAGAGUACAAGCCCAAGAAAUCAGUGUCCAGUAGCUCCAGCGACGUGGAAUCCUCCAACGACGCGCGUCCGUGAUAUCCAGGUCACUUCCACAAGGUUUGGCUGCUGUUAGGUACUUAAAUAGUUCUCGGUGGAAAAUAUAACAUACCAUACCCGAAGGCUUUAUGUACUACGUGUUGUACAAAUUCGUUGCUCUCAUGCAGUAACUUGUACCUACUUCUGUUCAGGCAAGUUCGAAUUACAAAUAUGUAUAAAACGAGAAAAUAUAUUGUACUUGUGGAUUAAAUUUUCGUUUUUUGUGUUGAAUUUUUGAAAUCAACUUACGCUUUCCGCGCUUAAUAAUUUUGAAUGAUUUGAGUUUAUUAUUUUCUGUUAGUAACUCAUUCUAUUACUCAUUUAUGAGCAUUAAGAGUUCGUGUGACCAUGACAUGUAUAUGUCAUAUAUUUUUAUGAUCAAAAUUUCAAGAAUCUAAACGGAAAAGCAACACGAUCUCCGAGAAAGAAGCAUACAUGUAAAUGAAAAAUUGUGUACACUAGUUCCUUACAUUUCUCUUGUAAACCUCCAAGGCCCUAUGAGUCAUGAUUCAACAAGCUGAACGGAGUAUCCCAUACACAUAGACUAUGUCUAAGUAUCCCCCGACGUAUUUCCAGUUCGCUGUUCCGUAGGAAAUAUUGCAAGAGUGUCUACUUACUAUUCUCUUAGCUUUUAUUCCCGUCGUCAGUGUAAUUUAUAAAAUACAAAAAAGGAAAAAAGUUUUAUAGUAAACUAGGUACGCCUUCAGAUACCUUUAAUAAAAUUGUGAAAUAUGAAAUUUGUGAAGAUGGCAAUUGAUAGUCGAUUUUUGUUUUCCAUGUACUUUAUAAAGUACAUUUGGUUUUGGUCGAACAAAUUGAAAAUUUGCACAACGUUGCGGAGGCUUUGAAAUUCUCUUUACGUAGAGAAAUAUGAAAUUUGUGAAGAUGACAAUUGAUAGUCGAUUUUUAGUUUUCCAUAUUAUAUACUUUAGAAAGUACAUUUUGUUUUGGUGUAACACAUAAAAAAUUUGCACAAAGUUGCGGAGCCUUUGAAAUUCUCUUUACGUAGAUAAAUAUGAAAUUUGUGAAGAUGACAAUUGUCGAUAUUUAGUUUUCCAUAUAAUGUACUUUAUAAAGUACAUUUGGUUUUUUUCUAAAAAAAAUAAAAAUUUUACAAAGUUGCGGAGGCUUUGAAACUCUCUUUCCUUAGAUGUAAAACGUAAAUUAUCACUUUAAAUCUAAACAUAAAUGUUAUUUUUCUAGUAAGUUAAAUUUUCAUAGUGUUUCACCUAAAUGGCGAAUCAGCGUUUUUAAAAGGUUCGUACACAUUUAGUACUUAUAGCUAACUCAAACGCCGUCAUGUGCUUAUUGUGUUAAUUUUUUUAAUGAUACAUUUUGUGGUUAUCACUUGUUUUUUUAAUAUUAUUAAGAUACGUAUGUUUUUUGGUGAAACUAACUAUUACAAAACUAUUUUUUUUAUCAAUGAGAACUUGGUAUCAAAAUAGGAAAGAUAACGGCGUUUGACUUGGCUAUACUAAAUGUGUGCAAACUAUUGUAGAAAUGCUCAAAUGAAUUUAUAGAAUGUAAUUAAGAAUCGCGACGUGGGAAGUGUAAAUAUUGGAAAGACCAGCUGGUCACUGCCAAAAUGUAAAAUGCAUGUAUAUAUACAUACAUAUAAUUGAUUUGAACUAUUUGGAGUCACUGGUGGAAAGUGACGCUAAGGCUGUCAGUAUCAAUUUAUCUGUCAAAAUUGGCAGUUAAUAAUGUUACAAUACUAAUAUGGAAUUGUACGUCAUAAGGGACAAAAAGGCAAAAACCAUUGAUGAGUUUAAGCGAUCAUACAAAUUCUAUAAUAGAGUAUCGGCCAAUAGUUGUGCAUAUUUCUUUUUGCAUUGCCAAUUUAAUGCUGCUUGUCCUUUUUGCAUUGGAAAUUGAAUAGGGCGAUCUUUUUAAAUAAGCUUGAGAAAGUAGUUGCUAUUAAAAUGUGUAAACUCAAUUGAACUGACAGUUUUGACCGAUCAUUUUCGAAGAAAUACAUGAAGCAAAUUGACGGACGAUGUUGAUAAGAAUGGUUAUAUUUCCAAUGGUAUUUGUCGUGACAUGUACGUAUUUAAUGCUGAUCUCUUUUUUAUUACUGGAGGGUUUUUGUCUAAGAUAAAAUAAUUAUUUGGAUUAACCUUACAUUUGUCACAUGAUUUCUACUAUAAUGUCAAAAAAAUAACUUUUUGGUCAUUAAUUCAUGUACAAUUACAUUGUACCUACAUUUAUUUUCACGAGGAGAUGAGCCAUGUACUUGGAAAAAUGUUUAGGUUUAUUAAAAUUGGAUUCAUAUAACAGCAAUUAUUUUAAAUGAAUGUCAUUAAAAUACGCACAAUUGAAUUAAACUGUUGAUACAUGUUAUCACAAAAUUAAUUAAUUGAUAUUAAAUUAACGAAAAUGUAAUUUAUAUUUUUAAAACAUAUAAUGCAUCACUUGGCAAUUUAUACAUUAUUUAUGUAAUAUUUUUAAUUUACAUGUUUAUUAUUGGUCUAUAAUAAGAAUAAAUUUAUCACUCAGGCAGAGAAGCAAAGCCAAUAUUAUUUUUAUUUACUUGACUGUCGCAGAGGAGCUUAAUCUAUUUUUUUUAUAUAAUGAAUAACAUUUGUUUUGCUGCUAAUAUUGUAACCUUUUUAAAGACCAAUUAACGAGACGUUUUAGAUAUAUAUAAGUUUUGCUAUUGUUCUGCUGCCUUGAUUUAUAGAAAAAAAAAAAAUAGAACUGAAUGUAAUAUUUUAAACUUUCGCGUUUUGAACACAUAUUAACUCACAUUUAUAGACGGGUCAGCCGCGACCACGACCAGUGAAACCUGUGUCGAAACGUCGGUAAAUAAAGGUAAUUGAAUAAAAUUCGCGUUAGACCCGUCAAUAAAUGUGAGUUAAUAUAAGAACUGAAUGUGUUUGAAGCAUUAUGACAAUUAAAAAAUCUAGGCAAAUAGAUUCUAUAAGACCACAUAUUGUAUAGCAAUUAGAUGCAGUUUCGUACGUAAUAGGUCCUUUGUUUUUAUCCUUAAUAUGGAUCUAGGAUUCUUCUACGUAUUAUUUCCCUACUAGAUCUGCUACACGUUUUCUUUAUUCCAUAUUGUAUUUAAUGCCUAGCUAAAAUAAGUUACCAAAAAUCUGUCGGCCCUUUUCUGUGUUCCUUGCGUUUUUUUAAGUAUUUAUUUUAGAUAUAAGUCGUAUAUUUUUCGUUAGUUUUAGAGUAUUCGUUAUGUAUUUAAUGAACUUGUAGUAAUUAGGUAGGUACCCAAUAUCUCAAACACGUAUUAUCUAAUUAUCAAUUUAAUUACAUUGAUAUAUGUAAAUGUAAUUUGACAUCACUAAUUUGCGAAACAUUUUUUUUACUCAAAGAAUAAUAUAAUUUAUUAACGACCGCAGAUUUUAUUCCCGAUUAAUCUAAGUUAAAAUUAUGUAGCCCUAAAGCCUUUAUAAAGGCCUCUGGGACUCAGGAGAGUCAGGAGGCUAUACAGGGCAUGAUUUCGAGGACGUCAACUAACGACGACUUGUACAGUCGCCGUCAGAUCGGACGGCCAAGGUGCUCACAAAUAUCUGAACACGCAUCUAUUGUGGAGGCGCUAGAGUGCGUGUUGAGAUAUAAUUGAGCACCUCGACCGCUCUGAUAUUUCUGAUGGCGACUAUACAGCAGCUUGACUUAAAUUACCAUUCGUAAACCCAAAAAUUUGCAAAAUUUUCAUGUAUUGAAUUGUACAUAAAUUUUAAGCUGGAAUUUUUUUGUGAGUGUCCGAUUUGUCAAAUCCAACGUUGAGUGGUUAUCUCAAUUGUGUUUUCUGUUCCUGAAAGUUCUUACUUUGGUGAUAAAAUUACCCACAAUUUUAAUUUACCCAAAAACUACGUCGGGACUUCUUUUGGGCGAUGUAAGUCACAAAGAAAUAUGUUCUUUUUGCCUGUGUAUGACCCAUUGGUAUUGGAAAAUUAGCUUUGUCUAUGGUUUGUAUUCGCUACAGAUAACAUAUUUUUGUACGAAUAGCGUAGUGGCUCCGGUUUCGAUACAUCAGUUAACCUAUUUGUACGUAGAGUAAUGUUAAUUAUUUCUAAGUAUGUAUCGAUGUACGGUCCUGUAUAUAAAGAUGUGGAAUUUA